UUCCAACCACUGGAGUAUCUUAUUUUCGUUAAUCGUUAGAUAAUUUCCUGACGCAACGGCAAUUGGAUUUGGAGUGUCCUAGAUUCGUGUCCUGGUUUGGUUUGGUUUGGUUCGUACUGUUGUACGAGUUUUGACUUUUUCUGGAUUUGGAGUUUUCAAUCAGAUAAUGUUCAACGGAGCCGCUUGGUGGGUUCAGAUUCAGAAGCAGAGGGAGAGGGUGUUUGUGAUUGCAAGUGUUGGUGAAUUCAAAAGAGAGAGUAAGAAGAGUGUGCAUGAACAUCAUGAGUAGUAGUAGAAGCAGAGGCAGCUGGUGCGGUUUGUGGCCUGGUUCCUUCAAUAUGGAAACUGAGUUGACUAUUAGAGGAAAGAGUUUUGGUGGCAUUUUUGGCUCCUCUGCUAAGCCUAGAUCACUCAGGGUUCAGUCUUCUGAUGAAGAUGUUGAGGAUCUUGUCCCCUCUAAUAUUUCGGGCAAACCUUCUGGAACUGUUCUGCCCUAUGUUGGUGUUGCUUGCCUUGGAGCCAUGUUAUUUGGUUAUCAUCUUGGGGUGGUAAAUGGUUCUCUUGAGUACCUUGCCAAGGAUCUUGGAAUCACCCAAAACACUGUUAUACAAGGAUGGAUUGUCAGUGCACUGCUUGCUGGUGCUACUGUUGGUUCAUUUACCGGUGGAGCAUUGGCUGACAAAUUUGGCCGGACUAGGACUUUUCAGUUGGAUGCAAUCCCUUUAGCAAUUGGAGGAUUUCUUUGUGCUACUGCUCAGAGUGUUCAGACAAUGAUCAUCGGUCGCUUGCUAGCUGGCAUAGGAAUUGGCAUAACAUCUGCAGUUGUACCACUUUACAUAUCUGAGAUUUCUCCAACCGAAAUUCGGGGUGCACUUGGAUCCGUUAAUCAACUUUUUAUAUGUAUUGGAAUUCUUGCAGCACUACUGGCUGGUUUGCCUCUGGUGGGAAAUCCUAUAUGGUGGCGGACAAUGUUUGGAAUUACUGUAGUUCCAUCUGUUCUGUUAGCACUUGGAAUGACUAUCUCUCCAGAAAGUCCUCGGUGGCUCUUUCAGCAAGGAAAAAUAUCUGAAGCUGAAAAGGCUGUUAAAACACUAUAUGGAAAAGAAAGAGUGGCUUUGGUUAUGCAUGACUUGACAGCAGCAAGUGAAGGUUCUUCUGAACCUGAAGCAGGAUGGUUUGAUCUGUUUAGUAGUCGGUAUAGGAAAGUGGUCAGUGUAGGGGCAACACUUUUCUUGCUCCAGCAAUUGGCAGGAAUAAAUGCAGUGGUCUAUUAUUCAACUUCUGUUUUCCGCAGUGCUGGAAUUGCUUCUGAUGUUGCAGCAAGUGCACUGGUUGGUGCAUCAAAUGUUUUUGGCACAAUUGUUGCUUCGUCCUUGAUGGACAAAAAAGGAAGGAAACGUCUCCUUAUCACAAGCUUUAGUGGGAUGGCUGCUUCUAUGUUGCUUCUUUUCGUGUCUUUCACUUGGAAGGUCCUUGCUCCAUACUCUGGCACCCUUGCAGUCCUUGGGACUGUCCUCUAUGUCCUAUCAUUCUCUCUUGGUGCUGGUCCUGUGCCUGCCCUUCUUCUACCAGAGAUAUUUGCAUCAAGAAUCAGAGCAAAAGCAAUUUCUUUGUCAUUAGGCACACAUUGGAUCUCCAACUUUGUCAUCGGGCUCUAUUUCUUGAGUGUAGUUAACAAGUUUGGUAUCAGCAUAGUGUACUUGGGCUUCUCAAUUGUCUGUCUUCUCACUGUUGUGUACAUAGCUCGUAACGUUGUGGAAACAAAAGGUCGAUCGUUGGAAGAAAUAGAACGUGCACUUAGUCCUGCAACAUAAAAUACUUCACAAAUGCUUGUGAUCUUAAUUCUAAUGCUGUUCUUACAAUUUUUGUUCCUUAGGACACUUGAUACUCUACUUUUUUACUCUAGAUGUGGUCGUUAUUUUUAUCUUAUACAUCCAAUUUAUUGAUUUUGUUACUUAUUAAACUACUCAACGGGUUCUUAUAAUUUUUCUAAAUCUUUCAA